AUGACGCCACGGCCGGUCGUUCUUACCCACAACAGAUUAAAACAAAACUUCUUCAAGAAGCGAUUGCAGAAACACUUCUUCUUCAUAACCACCCAGGCUCUUGAACCAUUUUCCAAAAUCGAAAACCACCAACCGAAAUCCAACAAACCACCCAAUUCAGCAAUCAUGUCUGGAACCGAAGCCACCUACAACAUCACCAAGGAAGACGUCCGCGACGCUCAGGCCCGUGAAUCCAGAGCAAAUGGAGGUGUGAUCCCAGCCGACAGCACCGCCGCCGGCCUUCAAUCCAUCGUCGACACCGCCGAUAAGAACAAGAGCCAAGUCAUCUCGGAGCGUCAAUCCAACCUGCCCCUCCCAGAACAGCCACCAAAGACCUCGGACUUCAACUCCAAUGAUGCGAGCACCGUGAAUGUGGGUUCUGGUGGCAUUUCGGGUGCUUCGGAUGGUGCGUUGAGGGAACCUGCUGCUGGACAGGCACUGCCGACUGGAAGGGAAGUCGAUGGAAAGUUGCCGAAUGAUGCUGUUGCUCAAGGGAGUAAGAACAAGGCCGGGUUGGCCGAUACUACCAACAACUAA